CGAGCCGCGUUUGUCUCCGCAGAGAAAGUGUUCGCCAGCCUCCCGCAGGUGGAGAGGGGCGUCUCCAAAAUCCUCGGGGGCGACCCUAAGGGCGACAAUUUUCUGUACACCAACGGCAAGUGCGUCAUCCUGAGGAACAUCGACAACCCAGCCAUUGCUGACAUCUACACUGAGCAUGCCCAUCAAGUGGUGGUGGCCAAGUACGCACCCAGCGGAUUCUACAUCGCUUCCGGAGAUGUGUCUGGGAAGCUGAGGAUCUGGGACACCACGCAGAGGGAACACCUCUUGAAGUAUGAGUACCAGCCUUUCGCUGGGAAGAUCAAGGACGUUGCGUGGACGGAAGACAGUAAGAGGAUUGCUGUGGUCGGCGAAGGAAGGGAGAAGUUUGGAGCCGUCUUCCUGUGGGACAGUGGCUCUUCCGUGGGUGAGAUCACAGGACACAACAAAGUCAUCAACAGUGUGGACAUCAGACAGAGCAGGCCGUACCGGCUGGCAACAGGGAGCGACGAUAACUGCGCCGCCUUCUUUGAGGGGCCACCAUUCAAGUUCAAGUUUACAAUUGGCGACCACAGCCGCUUUGUCAACUGUGUGCGCUUCUCUCCCGACGGGAACAGAUUUGCCACGGCCAGCGCUGAUGGCCAGAUCUACAUCUAUGACGGGAAGACGGGAGAGAAAGUGUGUGCUCUGGGAGAAGGCAAGGCCCAUGACGGAGGAAUUUACGCCAUCAGUUGGAGUCCUGAUAGCACCCACUUGCUUUCUGCUUCCGGAGACAAAACUUCCAAAAUUUGGGAUGUCAACGUGAACUCUGUGGUCAGCACGUUUCCCAUGGGCUCCAAUGUUCUGGACCAGCAGCUGGGCUGCCUGUGGCAGAAGGACCACCUCCUCAGCAUCUCCCUCUCUGGCUACAUCAACUAUCUGGACAAGAACAACCCUAGCAAGCCCCUGCGGGUCAUCAAGGGUCACAGUAAAUCAAUCCAGUGUCUGACGGUGCAUAAAAACGGCGGCAAGUCCUACAUCUACUCUGGGAGCCACGACGGGCACAUUAAUAUCUGGGAUUCCGAGACCGGGGAGAACGACUCCUUCGCUGGGAAGGGCCACACAAAUCAGGUGUCCAGGAUGACCGUGGAUGAGUCUGGGCAGCUGGUCAGCUGCAGCAUGGACGAUACCGUGCGGUACACCAACCUCAUGCUGCGGGACUACAGUGGCCAAGGAGUUGUGAAACUGGAUGUCCAACCAAAGUGCGUAGCUGUUGGCCCUGGGGGCUAUGCUGUGGUCGUGUGCAUUGGGCAGGUGGUGCUCCUGAAGGACCAGAAGAAGUGCUUCAGCCUCGACAGCCUCGACUACGAGCCGGAGGUCGUGGCGGUGCACCCCAGCGGCGACGCCGUGGCUGUCGGGGGCGCAGACGGCAAUGUCCGUGUGUACAGCAUCCUGGGCACCACGCUGAAGGAUGAGGGCAAGCUCCUGGAGGCCAAGGGCCCCGUCACGGACGUGGCCUACUCCCACGACGGCGCCUUCCUUGCUGUGUGUGACGCCAGCAAGGUAGUCACAGUGUUCAGCGUGGCCGACGGCUACUCGGAGAACAAUGUCUUCUAUGGACACCAUGCAAAAAUCGUCUGCCUGGCGUGGUCACCGGACAAUGAACACUUUGCCUCCGGGGGCAUGGACAUGAUGGUUUACGUCUGGACCCUGAGUGACCCAGAAACCAGAGUCAAGAUCCAAGAUGCACACCGGCUACAUCACGUCAGCAGCCUGGCCUGGCUGGACGAGCACACGCUGGUCACGACCUCCCACGACGCCUCUGUCAAGGAGUGGACAAUCACCUAUUGAGGAGCCCCGGCCUCUGCCCAGCUGAAUCAGGGACUAGUUUCACUGCAGCGGAUCAUACUUCUCUAACCGUUCUGUACUGGCCCCGCCCCGCCCCGCCCCAGCAGGGGAGCCCCUCAGUGAGUACCCUCGUGUCUAGGGUACUCCUGUCUGUACACAUCCUUCUGAAAGCUUUAGACAGUGACUGUUUGCACAUGGAAAAUAAAGCAAGCACUUCAACAGUGUGUGGAGCAUAACUAAAACCCACAGCCCAGCCCGCCUUGCGGAUGUGGAACAUUCCAGAGGCACAGCCUCAGAAGCACAGAGAGCCCCAGCCCUCAGCGGCACUCGCUGCAGUCAGGGAGGAGGCCGUACAGGUGAGCUUAGCCGCAGAGCAGUGCUGUCCGAGUGAGGAGGGAGCGCUGUGUGGAGCAGAUGUCUGUCUCCCCGGCAUGCGCACCGCGCAGCGCGUGGCUGCCUCCAGAUCACGGAACAUACGCAUCAACCCUGGAUGUGUUUCAUUGUCAGGUUUUGUGCUUGAUUUUAAUGGCGUCGUGGGAUUUUUUUUUAAAUGUAACUAGCUGUUGCCUGUCGGUGUUUACAAGCUAGUGUGCUGACGGCACCAGGCCCCAGCACUGGGCCCGUUAGCCAGACCGAGGUGUCCUGGCCACCACUCCUCUUGCUUUGGUGUUUUCCUGUCCUUCUCUCCACUUCAGCCCCCAUCAGCAGAGAUUAAUUUAAGGGCAAAGAUGGUGUCGCUGUGAACUGAUCUGUCGUCGUUCUUACCUUCCCCUUUUUCAGUGCAGAAAUUAAAGUAGCAUAAAGCACCGUGAUGGGUGUGUGUGCGUGUGUCGGGGCACUGGUGGCUGUCGGCCGAGUGCAAUCCCUCUCCCUUGCACUUGAGAAGACACUUGAGCGCUUUAAGAGAUUAGACUGAGAAAUAAUUAAAUAUCUUUUCUCUUCA